GCCAACUAAUGUAUCCCCGAAAAAAAAGGCAACAACUAUUGCCUGUGAUUUCCGGCGAGGGCACCAAUUUCCCCAGCUCGCACCCAUUCGCAUUAACUGCUGCUGUUCUCAGUCAGUACUCGGUAGAGAUAGAUAGAUGGAGAAGUAAGAGACACCAGAGGCUUCCCUUGCAAGCGCUUCGCUGAACCUCCUCUAGUCCUCUUCCUCCCAGAACAGAACAGCCGCAUUAGGUUCCGCCGUCGUUUCGAUCCACUGGUCGCGAUGGUCGUUGAUCCAGUUCUCAAGGGAUUUGACCUCAACAUCGCGGCAGUAGAUGAGUCAAGCCCCUUGGAAGGAAUCGACCUUCAGGUGUGACGAUGGACGGCACGAUCAAGCAUUUUUUCUACCGUCCCAAGGCGUUCAAGAGUGGACGGACGAAACAUCGGAAGAUAAAGGCGGAGUGCAACGCUCGUUCCGCGUGGUACAAGACCGGCAAAAGCAUGACAUUGAAGGCCAACGGCCGGCUGACGGGCUGGAAGAACAUCCUGGUGCUCUACACCAACACGUUCGGCGGCAGCGCGCGAGACAAGGCCAGGAAGACCAACUGGGUGAUGCACGAGUAUCACCUCAGCGACGUCGAGGACGAGGAAGACGAAGAUGGGGAGCUGGUCCUGUGCAAAAUCUUCUACCAGACGGCGGGGCCCAAGAGAAGAAGUGUGUUGAGGACCCAAGAGAACAAGUGCCCCUGUGGCAUGGACGUUUUGCCAUCCCAAAACAACCCCCCAAAAAACUAGUAAAACUUACCGUCUAAAAGAAACUUGUCGCACUUGAACUAAAAGUUGCCAUCCCUGCCGUAGUUAUGGGCCCGUCUUUUGGUAGCACGAAAGAACGCGGAUCUUCUCGAGUUCUUGUGUCCACGAUGCUGUACUUGUAGUUCUUAAAACCUUGCAGCUCUUCUCUCGUAAUGACAUGACUACCUCUCGUUUUUUUC